AUUAAAACAAGCUUCCCCCACAUCCCCGCACUAUUUGACGGGGUAGUGAGGGGGUGGGGCUACAGUGAACCGACUUGACUAGCUAACUCGUAACCUCCCAAGACCAUGGGCUUACUCGUAGGUUACACAAGCGCCAACGCCUAGAACUACCUCAGCUGCAUAUUCAGCCGUAACAGCACCGAUGCGGCAGUUGCGAUAAAAGCACCGACGCCGCAGUUGUGAUAAAAUCCCAGCGCUCCUCGCAUCUUUCGAGAGACAAAGGCGACCUGGACUCGAAAGUAGUCUAUUGUAUCACACCACCUUUUGUACUGUUGCUAAGCACGCUUUCCGUUACAAUGGCCAGGGAUGUUGAACACUCUCAGUACCCUGGGCACAGUUCGCAGGCACUCGUCGGGUUCGAGGAUGAUCCUCAUCGCGCAGCACUCGAGGACAAUCCUGAGCACAUUGCCGUCAACUCUAGGUCUUGGAUUGCGAUCUUCUGCAUGGCUUUUUCGUUCGGCCCUGCUGUAGCCCUCGGCUUCACCUCCAUUGCCUCCAUCGUUGUCCCGGUCACCAAUGAUCUUGGAGCAGAUGUCGAUUUUGCCUGGGUUGUCGGCGCUUGGUCUCUGGCGUCAGCAUGCUCCUUCUCACUCGCUGGUCCUCUCAGCGAUAUUCUCGGCCGCAGGGAACUCAUCCUCGGAGGUCAAUUCGUUGUUAUGAUCGGCUGCAUCGUGUCAGGAGUCGGGAAGAACGUAGCAACCCUGGUUGCGGGCGAGACCCUUAUCGGCUUAGGCACCGGAUUUGUUUUCGUCUCGUACGCCGGCGUUCCGGAGAUGCUGCCAAACAAGUGGCGUGCUGUGGGCGUAGGAAUUCUAGAAGGCGGCAUCAUGGUUCCUUGGGGAAUGGCUGGUGCUCUCUUUGCGGCUGUAAUGUUAACAAAGGCUUCCUGGCGCUGGCUCUUCUACAUUGGCGCUAUUGUUGAAGCCCUUGCUCUUAUCGGAACAGCUGUUUUUUACUGGCCAACAUCUCGACCCCGCGGUGACUUUGAUAAGUCACGACGGCAGCAACUCCAGGAGGUUGACUGGAUUGGCCUCAGCAUGUUCACCCUCGGCCUGGCGACCGCUCUCGUCGGGCUCACCUGGGGCGGGAGCCCGAAUUAUCCAUGGGACAGCGCUGGCGCGCUUGCUCCAAUUUUCGUCGGAUUGGCAGUUGUGGCUCUCGGCUUCGUCUACGACUUCAACAUCGCCACGUCUCCGCUCUUUCCCUUGAAGCUGUUUAAAAUGUGGCGCGGCUUCGUCGUGCUGCUUAUCGGACUAUUCAUCUCGGGCAUGAACUUUCACGCUAUGUCUCCUCUUUUGCCACAGGGAUCUCUUUUCAUGUUCACUACCAACCCUAUUGAGGUCGGCCUGCUCUCGCUCCCGAUGAAUAUCGUUACCCUCGUUGUGGGAUCUAUCAUUCCCAUCCUGGCGCACAAAAUAGGACAUAUCAAAUGGCUCUACGUGAUCGGCAUGGCCUUGCAAGCCAUCUUCCUCGGCGCCAGUGCCGGUGCCGUCAAUCCCAACAAAAUGUGGGUGUGGGCUUUUGUUCCUGCCUUUGGUGUCCCGAUGUUUGUCAUGGUUACCAUUCUAGGCUAUGCCAUCGCAAGUCUGCACGUUCCACAUUCACAACUUGGCGUGGCUAUGGGACUGCUAGGCACAUUUCGCUCGGCUGGUGGUGCCGUUGGAAAUGCCAUCUUCAACACCGUCUUCCAGGACAGAUUCCGCAAGUACGCCGCGGAAGAAAUUCCAAAAGCAGCUCUGGCCAGUGGACUGAACCCUGCCGAUCUUGGACUCAUCAUCCCAGGAGCCAUCACCCACAAUCUCGGCAUUCCGCAUACCCUCGAUGGCAUUCAAGGCAUGACCCCUGCAAUUGAGGCGACUCUCCGCACAGCAGUGCGUCUUGCAUAUGGCCGUGCGUUUCAAAUCGUCUUCUACGUCACAAUUCCGUUCAGCGUGGUCGCUCUAAUCUGCUCCUUCUGGGUUGAAGAUCCCACUCCCUACAUGACCAAUCACACGGCCGCAGCUAUGGAUCACAACGUCGACGAGAAGUUCAGCGCGAAGGAUAUCUCCACCGACGAAAGAAUUGAAGACAUAGACACAUACACUACUCAGGAACCCAAGACUAUUGGUUGACUAUUCAGGCAGAGUCAUUACAGACGAGAAAAUAAAUGCACAGUUGUAAAUUGAAGUAUUCAUGGAGAUUGGGACUCCAAGUCGAAGCGUCGAGUAGCAGUGAAGGUUAUUUGAGCUUUGGCUGCACAAUAAUGCUUCUAGUAACCAAUUUUAAGACUUUUGUCUAUUUUCGAA